CUCGCGUGAGUCAGAUCGAGGUGACCAGUACGUGGGCCAUGCCAUCACACAACAAGCACGUGAAUGUACCGAUGACCACCGUCGAUCGGGUCGGGCCUCGGUUGUCCUUGGCGAAAUGGGAAGACCGGCUCUCGCUUCCUCGAGAACCUAGUCUGAGACGCUCGGUCUCGUUGAGGAACGGGAUAAGGGAUCCGGAUGGGAUGGGGCAUAAACGAAACGCCUCGGAUUCGUUGUUACAAGGUCUGCCUGCGAUCCAGUCCGGUGUUUCACAAGAGCCCGGUCGCAUGGCUUAUCUGGCACAUCGGCCUGCUCCUGCCGUGCCUGGCCAUGGGCAAGGGAAUAGUAGACGAGAGCUUCGGCCGACGACGAGAAGAUCCAGGACUCCAGUCCAGUAUCACAUCGGCAACAACAACAUCAACAAAUCGUCCGACCUCGAUCGACUGUCGACCUUGUCCCGGCAGACCUCGACCGACAGCCUGAAAACAAUCGGAUCAUUGAGACGAGGUCGUUCGGGGAGCGUACGCGAGAUCGUGCCCAAAGCCGUCUCUGAGGUGGAGAGCAAACCGAUGGGUACUUGGGAACGGGUCCGAGAAGGAGCUUCAGCUGUCAGGUCUCGUCGAGGAUCGUUCGCUUCGAUCUGGUCCACCUCGCGCUUAGCAUCCGAGGUAGAGACGAUAAAGGCUGAUGGGGCUGCAGCGACAAUGACCAAUAUGGCAGGUCUGGAUUGCGAGGUCGAAGAUGGGAUGGUAGAUGAUCUGCAGACCCAUAUAGCUGAAGAGGGCGAUCUUGAGGAGGACGAGAUGUUUAUCGGAUUCGAUGACUUGUAAAUUAAC